AGAUCCUACUAUACCAUUUCAAACCCGAGUCUGCGCUACUCUACAGUCUGCGGAAGCAGGGGAGGACCGUGCAAAUUCCCAACGAGCUCCGGGAUUCAAUCCGCUGCCAAGGCACUCACCAGUCACCACUUCGGGGAAAAAAGGCUUAUUUUUGAAAGAGCUCGAGCACUGUGUCUGUUGUAAAAUUCGUUCGUUUCCGUUGUCUCGGAAAAGCAACAUGCUGGUAUAGUAAAUAUAGGGCUAAUAGUUGUUUUUUUAUUCCUUCCAAGCGCACAUUUCUGUUGGAUUUUUAUCUGAAUAAUUAUUUAUUUUCGUGGAUAUUUUCGUUAUUUUCUUCCACGGUGGAACGUGCGGAGCACGAUGUGCACAUGCGGUGGGAUGCUCAGGGUUCUCCUGACAGUUCUCAGUUGAGUGAUGGAGAUUUGAUCGGUAAACAUUCGCUUGUUUUGUUUUUACACAAUAUAUACAUAAUUUAUGAACGAAUGAAAAAAUACCAAGAAGGACUGCAAAGAUUCGACAGUGAUCUUUUUUGAAAGAGUUGUGCGUGCAGUCUUCUGCAUGGUUGCUAUAGCCAACAUCUCAUUGCCAUUUUAAUUUGUUUAAUUUAACUUUUCCAUCCGAAGUGCCACUGUUAGCAUCAUUUCCGUAUCAUGUAUUCACAUUUCAAUACAAUUCCGCAAUUGAGACUCGGCUAGUUUAGCCUAAAUAUCCAGCUUAUUUCCGUACCGUUAUUGGACCGAGGAGAGAGCACAGACCCGACGGAGAAAUGGCUAAAAACCCGUCCGAGGGACCCAAUGAGCCAGAUCUGAAUCAGCUACCGGACGAAGAGCUGCUGCAAUGGGGCAAGGAGCAGCUGGUCAACAGGCUAAGGAGAGUGGACAGCGAGAAGUUAUACCUGAUGAUCGAGCACGGCAACAUGAUGAAAGACGUUAACCGGAGGCUGCAGGUGCACCUGCACGAGAUCCGCAACCUGAAGGAGAUCAACCAGAAGCUCCAGGACGACAACAACGAGCUGCGCGAGCUCUGCUGCUUCCUGGACGACGACCGGCAGAAGGGCAAGAAGCUGUCCCGGGAGUGGCAGCGGUUUGGCCGGUACUCCGCGAACGCCAUGUGGAAGGAGGUGGGCACCUACCAGCUGAAGCUCAAAGAGCUCGAGGCCAACCAGGAGACAGUGGUGCGAGAGAACACGGACCUGAAGGAGAUCAUCUUCAUGCUGGAUGAGGAGAGGAACGGAGCCGGUUCCCGGAGCUCCAUAGACUCUCAGUCCAGCCUCACCAACCUGAACGGCGGGACAGGGAUAGUUCGGGACUUCGGGGAUGGCAGUAGUACCUCCAGCACGGGGAGCACAGGUAGCCCUGACCACCACCACAGCCACAACCACAUACACAAGCUGCCCGCAGAGAGGGAGGGCAAGCUGGGCAGCACCUUCCAGAGGAGGUCCAUGGACGACCUGUCAGCGCCACACCAUCACAGGAGCAUCCCUAAUGGACUCAAUGACUCCUCCACUAACUACAUCAGACAGCUGGAGACCAAAAUGAGGAUAUUGGAAGACGACAACAACAAGCUUUUGACGCAGCAGCAGUGUAACCCAGGGGACCUGCGUGUCCUGAGGAAGGGGAUGACCCUGUACCAUUCUGAGUCUCAGCUGUCAUCCCUGCCACAACGCCAGGACGCACUGCACAACGGCACGGUUGGUCGUCUCCCCACCAGCGAGUCAACCCCGGUAACAGGCUACCUGUCCUGUGUUCAGAAACCAGAGGCUGUGGUCCACGCCAUGAAGGUGUUGGAGGUGCACGAGAACCUGGAUAAGAAGCAGGUCCCAGAGGACUACGAGGAGGAUCUGAGUGAGAAGGAAAAAGCCAUCGUUAGAGAGAUGUGUAACGUGGUGUGGAGAAAGCUGGGCGACGUGGCAGGAUCUAAGCCGUCUAUCAGACAGCAUCUCUCUGGUAACCAGUUCAAAGGCCCCAUGUAGUCCAUAGCAACCAGAGAGGGAGAAAGAGAGAGAGAGAGAGUCCUUCCUACAUGCUCCCCAUUCCUACUACCCAUAACACCAUUCUCCCGCUGACUAUAGGUCCCAUCACCCACCAUUCUCCUGGGAUAUGUGACUGGAUAUUAUACGACCCAUCCCAUUCCUACUACCUACACUACCCAUAACACCAUUCUCCCGCUGACUAUAGGUCCCAUCACCCACCAUUCUCCUGGGAUAUGUGACUGGAUAUUAUAUGACCCAUCCCAUUCCUACUACCUACACUACCCAUAACACCAUUCUCCCGCUGACUAUAGGUCCCAUCACCCACCAUUCUCCUGGGAUAUGUGACUGGAUAUUAUACGACCCAGGAAAACCACAGAAUGGACCUCUCCAUCUCUCCCUCACCACUAGUCAACUCCCCAUACACACACAUUUCGUUUGAACUUCCAGUGUUGUUGAUAACUGGCAGCUAGUUUCACUGAUUUGCCACUUUCCUUGUAUUACAGAUGUUAGGUUUAUAGUCAGACAGGCUUACACUUUACACAGUGCUGAUGACUAUUACAGAUGUUAGGUUUAUAGUUAGACAGGCUUACACUUUACACAGUGCUGAUGACUAUUACAGACCAAAUUCUUAUGUUGUUUUGUUUCAUGCUAAAAAAAGAAAGAAAGAAACUCAGAUGAGAGCUAUAGGAUCUCUAGGAUGUUACAGUGACGCUGUGAUAAUGUCAGACACGGUUACAUUUUGGGUUACGAGUGUCUCGUAUGGACAAUUCUAGGAUCAGCUUCAUCCACCUUCAAUCCUGAUCUUGAGCCUUUAGAGGUAAUGUACAGAACUGACGGUGGAGCAGUGUCCAGGAGCAAUGUCACCCCACUCCUUCAUAGUACUUCCCAAUAAAUAAAAAAAAACAGCUAGCUCCUCUGUUAGUUGUGCUUUGCCUUUAUCUGGUUGAUUAGCAUAAUUAGCAUUAGCUAAUGCUAGCCUUAGCGAAAUUAGCCUUAGCUAAUGCUAGCUUUAGCAGAAUUAGCAUUAGCUAAUGCUUGCCUUAGCAGAAUUAGCAUUAGCAUCCAAAGUGUUAAUACGUGAUACCCAUUGUGAUAUGAUACAUAGCACCCUAUGCUCAUAAGAGAAGUCUAUUAUUAAUACAGUACUAUUAUAGAGAUCACUUUUAAAACUAGUGUAAAAUAUGUAAACGAAAAAAAAACAUAGCACUGCAUUGUUGUUGUUAUCGUUUAUUUUGAGCUUUUUGUUUUUUAUUAUUAUUUUAGCGUGGCCACGUGUUAUAAACGGACUGUUUUGUGGGUUUUAUGUUUUACAAAAGCACACAACUGAACAGGGUUCUUUCUAAGGUAACCACUCAUCUUUUUACUGUAGUUCGUUGAAACCAAUGAUUACUUCAUCUCCUCUGUAAACGUAUCAAGGCCAUUUUAAAUCUAAACCCUCUCAGCCAAGAGUCAAUGUUUUUUUUUGUUUUUUUUUACUAAAAUGUACAAGGUUAUGUCUGCUCUAAGACAAUCAUGUUUCUCAGGUUGGGAAAUAACGAGAGCUUUUCCCCCGACCCUGUGGCUCCUCUGUGGAUAUCGUGGGGAUUCUUUGUUGACGUUUGGUCAGGCUGCCUGUGUGUACUGACGUUCUCUGUAACAGACUGAUGACACCUGGUUACUACAGGGUUGGAGACUACUGAACACAUUGUAUUGCAUUCAUUUUAUAUGAAAUAAUAAGUUUCAUGACAGAAUGUUUCAGAAACGUUCUCUUUACUGUCAUAAAGGACAGAUCAGACUAAUUUUGGCUAUUUUUUGGUCAUCAAUAACUAUUGCAUUAAUCAAACCGCUGUACAACACAGUAUUUUAAUUAAAAGCUAAGAAAGUUGUCAAAUAAAUGGAAAGCUUUUCAUUUUCAAUUAGCAUAAUAUGACUGUGUUUUUAGUCAUGGUGGAUACAGCAGAUGAGUUUCAGCAGUGGACUGUGCAUGUUUUGUAGAAAAUGACUUCUGUUGGAAUGUGAGAAAGAGCAAGUCUUCCCUUAGAUGUUUUAAACAGUUAUAAUGAUGUCAGAUGAAAUAAUAAGUACUGUUAUGAUCAAACUGUUCAAGGCUAUUUAUUGCCAGGUGUUUCGAUAAAAAAAAAUGGGGAGAGCUAUCCAAUAAUAGGGCUGUCAUGUGAUUGGCCAGUUUAAGAUUUUGACCUAUCAGGAGAUUUUGAUUGGUAUCCAGGUCUUUUGAUUGGGCAAUUGGUAAUGAUUGACAGCUCAAGCUCUCCUGGCUCUAGUAUUAGUUUUUCCAAAUUAGAACGUUGAGGCUUCUGACCGUACAUUCUUACGAUUCGUCCUCCUCGGGUUCUCUCUAAUAGGAUCUACUACAACAACAAAAAAAGAAAAUGAAAGUAUGGAUUUUCAAAAAGUGUCCUUUUUUUUUCUAGGAACAACUGAUUCGAAGCUAUGAUGAUAUAAUGAUAUAAUGUUAUAAUGAUGUAAUGCUUUUCAGUCUGGCAUUUUGAUUUGAGAUGUGCCACAUUUUUCUCUGCAUGGGAUUUUGAGUUGGAACCUGUGUUUUGAACUUUGUUGCAUUUUUCCUAUUCUGUAUAUAUGUGCUAAACUAGAAGUCAUGAUGAUCCUAGAACCUAGUCUGCGUCUCAAAAUAACAAUAUAUUCCAGAGUGCACUACUUUUGACCACUGCCUUGUGCUGACCCUGGUCAUAUGCAUUGUGCUAUAUAGGGAAUAGGUUGUUAUUUCAGACACCGACCCUACAGUGUUUAAUGCAAACUAUUCCUAUAGCAACUAGCAUGAAUGUAAACGUUUUUUUUCCCCCCCCAUGAAUUUCGCUGAGAUCAGACAAAUAUGUGUAGGUGAUAGUUAACAAAACAAAAACAGUAAUUGAACUAGGUCACUUUUAGAUGAUUUUUUUAGUUGAAAAAAAAUAAACAAUUACUCUCUUUGUAA